UGCACACAAAUGAGUUUAUAUUUAAUAAAGCUAUGUUGGCCUCAUUAUCGAAUUCCGAUGGGAACCAGUAGCUGCACGUUGCAGAAGGGAACCAACUGUGACAGGUGAAACUGUCAUAACUGAACUUGACACUGAAGACACUCAUCAAAGAAUUUGAUUGUUACCAUGGCAAGCGGAAGUAUUUUAGUGACAGGUGGCGCAGGGUAUGUUGGUACACACACAGUGGUGGAGCUGCUUGAUGCAGGAUAUGAUGUCAUCGUAAUGGAUAAUCUUCACAAUGCCAGCAUGGAGAGUAUAAAGCGUGUUGAAGAAAUCACGGGAAAGACUGUAGCCACCUAUAGUGUUGAUCUUCUGGAUAAAGAUGGACUCAGGGACCUAUUCAAAAAGCACAAGAUCUACUGUGUGAUGCACUUCGCGGGUCUAAAGGCUGUGGGAGAAUCAUGUCAGAAGCCUCUCAUGUACUAUAAGAACAAUAUAGGUGGAACUGUUAAUCUGUUAGAGGUAAUGAAAGAGUUUGGUGUAUACAACAUGAUCUUCUCAAGUUCCGCAACAGUGUACGGGUCACCAAAGUACCUUCCCAUUGACGAGAAACACCCGGUGGGCGGGUGCACAAACCCUUACGGGAAAACCAAAUACUUCAUAGAAGAAAUACUGACAGAUCUCUGCACGGCUGAGAAGGAAUGGAACGUGGUUCUUCUACGGUACUUCAACCCCGUGGGAGCCCAUAUCUCAGGAAAGAUCGGGGAAGACCCUCAGGGAAUCCCCAACAACCUGAUGCCCUACAUAUCACAGGUGGCGGUGGGGCGGCUUAAGGAACUGACGGUGCAUGGGAACGAUUAUGACACUCCUGAUGGAACAGGUGUGCGUGAUUACAUCCAUGUAGUGGAUUUAGCUCAGGGUCACGUGGCAGCAUUGAAACGCUUGGAGAAGGGUUGUGGUUGUAAGGUGUACAAUCUAGGGACGGGCAAAGGCUACUCUGUGAUUGAAAUGGCUAAAGCUUUUGAAAAGGGUUCUGGAAAACCAAUCCCAUACAAGAUUGCUGGUCGGCGGACGGGUGAUAUAGCCUCCUGUUAUGCUGAUGCCAAGCUAGCACAAGAGGAAUUGGGAUGGACAGCAAAACUUGAUCUCGCUCGAAUGUGUGAAGAUCUGUGGAGAUGGCAGUCCAACAAUCCGACCGGGUUCAGAAAAGACAGUUAGGGGACCAUUUCCUGCAUUUGACCUACAUGGUGCAAUCAUUCCGGCCAUAAAAAACGAAAACCAAUAAUUAGCUUAGUAGUGUAGAUUAUAUAAUUAAUUUCUGAGUAUAAUUAUAUUUUUAAAUAUUUUAACAAUUCCAACAGAAUGUGGUGUAUAUUUAACAGUGCUGUGUGAAGUCUUACGAUUGUAAUUUUAUUGAGUUACCUACCCCUGUUUAGGAAUAACUCAUUGUUAUUGUUAAAAAAUAUUUACACAUCUGAAGCAGUGUUGAGCAUGUUCUAGUCCAGUGUAACAAAAGUUUUAAACUGCGUUGUUAAAUGCCUACACUAGUAGAUAUCCACCAUGAGUAUCACCAAGGUGAUAUUUCUGUUAUGCUAUAUAUUUAAUUAUUUGUACAUGCAUUACAUUAUAUGCUUGCGCUUGAACACACUGUAUUCUGACCUGAGGACACUGUGACCUGAACACACUGUGACCUGAACACACUGUAUUCAGACCUGAACACACUGUGAUCUGACCUUAACACUGUGAUCUGAACUGAACACACUGUGACCUGAGCACACUGUAUUCUGACCUGAACACACUGUAAUCUGAACUGAACACACUGUGACCUGAACACACUGUAUUCAGACCUGAACACACUGUAUUCUGACCUGAACUCACUGUAUUCAGACCUGAACACACUGUAUUCAGACCUGAACACACUGUAUUCUGACCUUUACACUAUGAAAUCUCACCUUUACACUAUGAAAUCUCACCUAAUCAAGCUGUUAUUUUGGAAUAUACUUUAUCCAUGAAACUGCUUUAACCACCGACUUUAAAGGUAGAUUUUGCCAUAUCUGCCGCAGCAUUUCGAUGCAUAUUUUCCAGUUAAAUAAAAAAAAUAUUUGUAUUUUCCAGAACUUGCUUGCCUAUAUUUGUAGCCUUAGCCUCGCUUUACCAUUUUUUCACUGUGUUACCAUGACAUUGGUGUGGUUUUUGACAUACGCAACCUUCCAAACAUUUAUAAGCCUUUAAAAAAAAAAUAUUCAAGAUCUAUAUACACAUCAGUGUCGAAGAGGAAAAAUUCUACAGACACAUUCCUUAAACAACUAUAUUCCAUUAUAGGAUAAUUAUGGGAAUGUUUAUAGUAAUACGGUAAAUGUUGGGAAUGACAAAAUGUUGCCUUAUUGUAGUAAUUGGUGAUAUGUUUGUUUAAUCUCUGUUUGAAAGACCUUAUGGUUAUUGUGAGUUGAAAUUAGCUUAGUGUCACAUGUUCACUAUUUAAUUACAUCUCAGCAUGAAUUGAUCUUAAGUCAGUAAUUAAAAUGAACUAGAUGUUGAAGAAAAUUAUGACACAAAGAUGAUUUCAAUUUAUGACUGAAAUCGACAAAGAUUUUUAUUGAAGCAGGCCUUGGUCCGUAUCUUUUAAUUGCACAUGUAAAUAAAUUAUGACACUAAGAUAAUUUCAAUUUAUGACUGAAAUCGACAACGAUUUUUAUUGAAGCAGGCCUUGGUCUGUAUCUUUAAUUUGUAAAUAAUGUAAGCACGUUGCUUUUGUUUGUACGUGAUAUAUACGCCCAUCAUGGUCAACCAUAAAUGCAUGUGCAUGUGUACAUGUUCAUCUGACAUAAUCUGUUCAUUAUUUAUGUUUCAAAGUGGGCUAGUUACUUUUUGAUGAAUUUUAUAGGUUGUUUUGUUUUCUUUCCUGUGAUGCAGUUGCAAUUUUUAUACUUACAUAUUUUAUCAAGGAUAAUACUAUUCUGUUGUUGUUUUUUAAAAGAAUAUCUGAUAAACUUUUUAUGUAAAUGACCAUAAUGUUUAUCAAAAACAUUACAAAAUUACCUGGUAUUAGAAAAGUGCAGUUUUAGGUACUGAAAUACCGUUGGUUACUUAUUUGUAAGAUAAUUAACCGAAAAUUCAUUUAAUAUCGAUUAUUAUUAUUUUCAGUUAAUAUUUUUUUAUCUUAAUUUCAACUUAAAUCUGACCUAACCUGAUCUAUUUUGCAAAUUUUCAAGGCCAAAAGCGCUUUUUGUUUUGUUUUGUUUUGGCAUUAUUUUUCAAAUUAUGAAACCCUUCUUAAUGAUACAAAAAAAGUAUGAGUUCACCGGCAUCCAAAAUUUACAUAAUUGUACAUUGGUUACUUUAGAUACGCAUUUACAAUACAUGAGGCGCAUAGACUUUUUACGUCUGUAUAUUAUUUGGUAGAAUUCAAACGAAUAACUUUGAUCAUGAAAAUUGUCAGGGAUUAUUUUCUUAAUACAUUUUGUAUGCAAUAUUUCAUUUUUGUACACUGACGUUACAUAGAAUAAUUUAGCUAGGUAAAGAUAGGCGGGGCACCCCAUAUGACUUCAGAUGAUACAUUUAUAUUAUAUAACUUAUUAUGGUUAUUAAACUUUAUGUGUAUUGUCCAUCAUUGAUUAAUGUUAUACAUAAGAUUUUGUAUGUAUUGUUGUAAGUGUAAAAGGAAACUUUUGAUUUGUCUGAUAUUUGAACAUCAGUAUUAUCAGCGUCUUUUGGGGGAUAUUUUUAAAACCGUAAUCAAGUUUAUACAAUCCAUUGCAUGUAUUUUUUUGUAUCUUAAUAGGAUAGCUACAGUGUACAUGUAUGUCAUAUAUACAUGACAUAUAUUGUAUUUAAUUCUGGUGCUCUCGACAAAGGAUAAAAAUUUAUAUAAUAUACAAUGUAAUUGUAUAAAUUUUACUUGUACGGUAUUUGAAACGCAUCAUUGUGCUGUCUGUAUUUUUAUGAAUGUGAUCCAAACUUGAUUUAAAAUCUUGUGACAUAUAUAUGUUAUUGAUGUAAUGCAGCUUUGUGGAUAUUGGGAGAAGUAACUUGUGCUAGUGGUUGGGUUAAAGUGUGGAACAUUAAAGACAAAAUACUUGUA